CACACACACACACACACAUUUGCCGUUCCUGCAGUAACGUUACAGGCGCGCGGCUCAGGCUGUUGUAGCUUCAUAUUGUUUAUAUUAGUUUGCUGGACCGUCGCCUGCAGCACGGAGUAACGGUCGCAGCAUCCUCGCGCAGGAGUUAAGCACGGAGCGUGAAGCGCAGGUUUGGCUCAGCAGAGGAUUUCGAGUGAAUCCAGCCGAUCGAGUGCAGGGGAGGACACGGCAGAGCCAUCACGAUGUGCAUUUGACAAAUACCCGGGGGCCAUACAGGCGUGCUGAUGAGGAUGACGAUGGUGAGUGAGCUCUUGCCGUAGUGUCUGAUGGUUUGGUAAUAAUGGACGUCCCCAAUGGCCAGCCCAGCGUCUCCACCUUCACGACCCCGGCCUCAGAGAGGAGCAGCAGUUCUGAGUCCCUCAGUGAGAAGGGCCCAUCAGAGCUCAAGAGCUUUGACGCGGUGGUCUUCGACGUGCUGAAGGUCACGCCAGAGGAAUAUGCAGGUCAGAUCACUCUUAUGGAUGCUCCGGUGUUCAAAGCCAUUCAACCUGAGGAGCUCUCUAGUUGUGGCUGGAACAAGAAGGAGAAGCACAGUUCAGCGCCGAACGCUGUGGCCUUCACACGACGCUUUAACCAGGUGAGUUUCUGGGUGGUGAGGGAGAUUCUUCAUGCUCAAACCCUGAAGAUCAGAGCAGAAGUUGUGAGCCUCUAUAUCAGAACAGCAAAGAAACUAUGUGACAUGAAUAAUCUCCAUGCUGUGAUGGCGGUAGUAUCUGCUUUACAGAGCGCCCCCAUCUUCAGGCUCUCCAAGACCUGGGCUCUUUUAAGUCGGAAGGACAAGGCCACGUUUGAGAGGCUGGAAUAUCUGAUGUCUAAAGAAGACAACUAUAAACGCUUGAGAGAUUUCAUCAGCAGCCAGAGCAUGACAUCCUGCAUCCCGUAUCUGGGUAUAUAUCUGUCCGAUCUGACCUACAUCGAUUCGGCGUAUCCCUCCACUGGCAGCAUUCUUGAAAACGAACAGCGUUCCAACCUCAUGAACAACAUUCUGAGAAUCAUCUCAGACCUGCAGAGAUCCUGUGAAUAUGAUAUCCCAGUAUUGCCGCAUGUCCAGAAGUAUCUCAACUCUGUUCGCUACAUUGAGGAGUUACAGAAGUUUGUGGAGGACGACAAUUAUAAGUUGUCCCUAAAGAUUGAGCCACCAGCUACCAGCACACCUCGCACCACUGCCUCUAGAGAAGACCUCACAGGUCCAGACACAUCUACGUCGCCGUUAUGUGGUCGUCGUGGUAAUGUUGCAGAGGGCGCCCUGCCUAAAGUCCCGCCAACGCCCCCCUCUCCCCGGAACCUCAUCACCUACGGACACAGGAAGUGCCACAGCCUUGGCUACAAUUUUAUCCACAAAACAAACACGGUGGAGUUUAAAAGCGCAACGUUCCCCAACGCCGGAUCCAGACAUCUGCUGGACGACAGUGUGCUGGAGAGUCACACACCCACACGAGGGCAGGCAGAGAGCUCAACGCUGUCUAGCGGCAUUUCACUGGGAAGCAGUGAAGGCUCGGAGCUCAGUGAGGAGAUGUCUUGGCCUGCCUUUGAGAGGACUCGAUUCUACCACUCUCUGGGCCCAGUCAGCAGAGUGGGCCGCAUCUCCUGCAGAGGAGCGCUCAGGUCCAGCAGCUCUGCUGAGUCAGAGGAGCUGGCGGUGCAUCUUUACCCAGGAGCCAUCACAGUUCAGGGGGUCUUACGCAGGAAAACAGUCCUCAAGGAAGGCAAGAAACCCACGGUGGCAGCGUGGACUAAGUAUUGGGUGGCUCUUUGUGGAACUCAGCUCUACUAUUACACUGCCAAGUCCCUCAAGGCCACAGAGAGGAAGCAUUUCAAGUCCACCGCCAGCAAAAGUGUUUCUGUUUUGGGCUUAAUGGCCAUGAUGGCAGACGACCCGGAGCAUCCCGACAUCUUCCUGCUGACCGACUCUGAGCACGGAAACUCAUAUAAGUUCCAGGCAGGGAACCGAAUGAACGCUCUGCUGUGGUUCAAACACUUGAGUGCAGCUUGUCAAAGCAACAGGCAACAGGUCCCAGCGAAUCUAAUGUCCUUCGAAUAAACGAGACCAUGCCGAAUCAAAGACAUGGAGAGUUGGUGAGCGGCUGGAUGACAGGAGAGCAGAAGAGUAUGAGGAACGCUGGGAAUGGAGGAGAGACCUGAGAUGAAUAAAAGAGCAAAUGACUCGUGUUUUUGUGUUGCGUUGGAGCUUUCCCACUGCCAUCACCCAGCCUGAACCCCACAGCAAACUCCUCGAGCACCACUGCCUUAACAAGCAGAGUGUGAGUGAAUGUGUGUGUGAAAGAGCAACGGUGUCCCCUCCACUGCUCUCACCUGGAAGGUCCUUUUACAUUUGAUUUACACUUCCUCCAUCAUUCAUCUGAUUCCCAGCAAAUGAGGAUCUUGGA